UAGUGAUAUCCUUGAGGGGGAUUGGGGUGAACUUAGAGAUUCAACAUUAAUGGCGGUCUGUAAUGAGUAACAUCGACAAUCCGAAUCAUAUUGGUGAAUUGCAAGUUCUCUGUUUGACGAUUAGUUUCAUCUAGAAGCUUUAUUUUGGAUGUUCACGAACUGACAUGAGACGAGACGUGACUUUGGCAAAAUGACACGUUUGCGAAACUUCCGGUGCAUGACGGGCAAGGUGCAAAGAACGAUGAUGGCAGUUAUACUUUGCCACCUAAAACCAUCCAAGUAAACAAAUUUCAGCAUGACUUAACAGUAGAGAACGUUAUGUUAUUCUCAAGUGCCAUCGUUUCGGUGGACGAAGUACAGGUUUACAUCUUUACACAAGUCAAUGGAAAAAAAAGUGGCGGCAGCCUCCUUUCUUUUCUUCCCAAUUCUGCUGGAGAGUCUAAGGCUAGAGUGAACCCGAAAAUGGUUCGGGAUUUUAAUUUGGAGGAUGCUGAUAUCACCUUCACAAAUCAAGUAAACGUUACUUCAACCAGGCAGGUGCGAGUUUACUCAGUGUUCAACCUCAGCCUCACAAACACGGCACUAGGAGGAAAAUCUGUUGUUUUACACGAACUUAUUGUUCUCGUGACUACUCACGACAAAAAUGGGACGGAACACCGACACGAUCAACAUUAUACCCUGAAUUACACCAAGACGCAAGUUAGUGGUUUGGUUAAUGUUAGCUUUGGAUCAGUCCAUAAGCCAACAGGUCAUCAGAAGGACAUUAAGGCAGCUACAGCUAGUGUUUUGGUUAAUGUUAGCUCUGGAUCAGUCCAUAAGCCAACAGGUCAUCAGAAGGACAUAAAGGCAGCUGCAGCAAAUCUGGCUGUACCAAUUGCUGUUCCAAUUGUUGUAACACUUUUUAUCAUCGGGAUUAUUGCAAUUGUGGUUAGGCGGUACCAGAAGAGGAAUAAAAAUCAUAAAAAAGAUGUAAAUUUUAUUCUCGAGACUUCAAUGUGUGAUCAGGGGUGAUAUUGAAAAGAGAAACUAGAUCCUAGGCAUCAAGGGGUUGAAACAUUUUUUGUUAGACUGGUUUAUCUUUCGUAGAGAAAUUUAAGCUUCAGCAACUACUUCAUGUCAUAGACUGAAUUAGCACAGCUUGUUCAUCACUUGCUUGUAUUUUGGUGGAACUUCUUGAUUGUUUAAAAUCAGUUAUUGCAGGAGAAGAGAUUAACUAGCCAGGCUAAAAUUACAAGGUUUCACAUCUCAGGGUUGCAGUGCCAUGAUUUUAUGAAAUAUUUCAAUCUACACAUGGAACGAUUUUGCAUAAUUUUCAUGCUUUUGGCAACCAUGGGUAUGACAAGCCAAUCAUAGCAAUAUUCAAUAUUGUUAUAUAUGUUCAAAUCAGUAUUUAAAUUAAUUUUAAAAAUGUU